CAUGUUCUAAAUGGCGUAAUCUACGAGACACUUAUGUCCGAAAGUUAAGUGAGCAAAAUAAAUGUGUUCCUAGUGGAAGUGCUGAUGAAGUCAAACCUAAGCCAGUAUCAUGGCCAUAUUUUGAGUUAAUGGGAUUUUUACGAUCAACAGUAACACGUCGAAAGACAUUUAGUAAUAUAAAACCAUUUAUACCUUCUACCAACAAGAAUAAAUGUUAUUUAAAAGAACCAUUAAAAGAGAGAGAUCAAAAUUCUACAUGUGUUACUCCAUCAAAUUACAGAAGUAGUACUUAUAAAAGAUACUUUUUUAGAAAAAAAUUCUGCAUCAAGUUCUAG